AUGGUCGGCCAGUCGUCCACAAACUCCGGACGAACGACAGCUGCCCAAUGGAUGCGUGUCGCUUUUCAUGACUUCAUCACGGCCGAUGUCAAGUCUGGUACAGGCGGCAUUGAUGCCUCCAUUGGCUUCGAAACAUCUCGGGAGGAAAACAAAGGGAGUGCUUUCAAUGACAGCUUCACAUUUUGGCGUCCUUUUGUCAACGAAUAUGUUCCUAUGGCCGACCUCGUAGCACUCGGAACUGUGAUGUCUGUCGGCCUUUGUGGGGGAAAUCACAUUCCUUAUCGACCAGGCCGAAUCGACUCGACGCAUGCCGACCCAACCACCGGAGUUCCUGAGCCGGGGACAGAUUUGAAGGAGACACUUUCACAGUUCGAACGAGCUGGAUUCGACCAGGCGGACUCGAUUGCUUUGACAGCCUGUGGACACACGAUGGGCUCGGUUCACCACGGAGGGUUCCCUGAGGUUUCACCAGAGUCGGCCGUUACACCUAACAACACGAACGGAGGGGUCAACUUUGAUACAACUCGAGGAUCUUUCGACUCCCUUGUAGUCCACGAAUACAUCGACGGCACUGGUCAAAUGGGCGGUCCCUUGGUGACGAGUUUCAACGAAUCAUCCCGGUCCGAUCUCAGACUUUUCGAAAGUGACGGCAACAAUGUCAUGGGCCGCAUGAUCAACACGGUACCAGCGGCCGCGAAGCUGACAACCCCCAUCACCCCUAUCGCCCUCAAGCCCAUCAACUUCACCUGGGACUUCGAUUCAAACGACAGACUCAUCUUGUCUGGCAAAAUAAGGGUCCUUGGGGCGAUUCGCACCAUACCACCUCCCCUCAACAUCGAGCUGGGCGGCCAGACCAUACGAAUCAUGCCCGAGAGAGAGGAAGGUACCACGGUCUACGGCAGUACAGGAAUUAGAGGCGGGAGGGUACAGGGCGUCACGAGAUACUACGCAAUAUCGAUACCGGGAAGAGACGUCACUAAUAUUACCUCUUUCGCCGUUUCAGCCGACGGGUUCGACAGGCAUACAUUCCCAAUCUCUAAUGGCCCUUUCAUUGUGCCAAGCUUGUCAACCUCGGAUGGAGACACUGUGCGUUUCUCGGUGGCUGUUCCGCAGGGACACAGUCAAGCUUUUCCCGAAGGACUGGUCGUCAGUAUCACAGCCCCGGUUCCCCAACCUCUGACCCUCGGCCCAAAACUCGUGACGGGGACAGGGGAGUGGUCGUCAGAAACUACCAGCCAAGAUGGAUUCACAGUAUACACAGGGACCUACAGAGUGGGCCAGAGAGUGACUGGGGCAAUCAGCCUGACACUGUUGAAUGAGAAUCAGGUGCAAGAUACGCUGCUGGUCGGCGCUGGUAUUGCGGGAUGGUAG